CUCUCCGGCCAAAUUCAUCGCUCCCGUCGUCGUCCUCCUCCGCCACCUUGGCCGGCACCGAGAGCAAGAGGGCCGCAGCGACAAUCCCGCCACGCCGCCUCCCUCUCCGCCGCUGUGUUCUUCCCCCUCCGCGCCCUCCGCCUCCUCUCCAACUCCUCCCGCGUCUUCUGUGUCUCCGCCGGCGCCUGCCAGUCGGUCGCUGCCGUGCGCGAUUCCGGCAUCGCCGACGUCACCGGCGUUGACCUCCUUGAUUUCCCCCCGCUCGUCAGCCGCGCCGACCCCCACAAUCUCCCCUUCUUCGACGGCGUCUUCGACCUCACCUUCACCCCUGGCCUCGCCGGCGCGCUCUUCCCCACGAGGUUCGCCGCAGAGAUGGAGCGCACCGUGCGGCAGGGCGGGGCCAUCGUGCUCGCUCUCGAGUGGUGGCCUUCGUCCUUGUCGCCGCCAUCAUUGUCGGAGGCUCGAACGGAAGGGAUUUGGGCACUCUUCAGGAGAUCCAGCAUUUUGGAGGUUAGGAAUGUUACAUUGAUGGUGUAA